AGGCCAAAAUGAAGCUAUUUGGCUUUUUACGUCCUCUGAGAUACCAAGCUUCGGAGUUGCAGGCUCCGGAGGUGUGGGUGAGGUGGAGAAGUGGAGAGGUUUCGCCCAAGCUCCCAAGGAUUUGAUAAAAACAGGUUCUUUCUCCAUUUUUUCUUGCUCAAUAGCAGGAUCAAUGGCUCUAUCGGGUGGUUUCUCAACCACGACGUUGAGUUCAGGGGGGAGAGACGGUGAACCAGCAGAACAGAGCUCAGCCUUUUCCUUGUCAGAUAUUGCAGGAGUAGCCAAUAUGGUUGAAUCAGUUGUGACUUCCUCAGCAUUUUCUAUUAGAGAAGCGUUGGAGCCCACUUCAACCGUAGGAACAUCCGGAGGAUGCGGCGAAACAAGCUCUGAACAACUACCCGCUUCAAGUGGAGCAGCACAGGAAUCCCCUUCAACCGUAGUAACAAUCCGAGGAUGCGGCGGAGCGAGCUCUGACGCAGCCUGUGUUGAAGCAUCAAUACCCGGAUUCGAUGACCAGCGAUUGAGGUAAGGCCAUCUAGGAUCUGGAGUCGUAACUUGUUUCUCAUCAGAUUCAACAAUGUUUCCGGAGUAAUUUUAUUAUAAAUUGGAUUUGUUCUUGGUAACUAUUAUAGAGUAGAAUAUAAAGGGUAACCAUUUUCCUCAAUUGGCAAAUAGUAAAGGAAAAUCAAUACUAACAGAACACAAAAAGAAAGAAAGAGAAGCUGCAAAGAUGGGGAUAAGCCUUACUAUCUCAAACAAUGUAUGUUCUUAGUCUUCUACUCCAAAACUCACGAGUUUGCUUUGAAAACAUAUUGCAGUUUCGAUUUUUUUUGCCAGCAAUUUGCUGAGUCGUUUUCUUACAUCUUAUGCAGCUGAGAUCCGAAAACAAGAACUCAUCGAAAAGUACAACAGUCUCAAGGUAUGUAAAUCAGUUUUGACUCCAAAGUUUUAAAACUUUAAUAACCACUGAAUCAUUUUAUGAUUUUUCUUGCACAAUCCAGAAAUCUGGGAAGCUUUCAUCGUUUCUUGAUAACGGAGGAAGAAGAACGCAACAAAGGAUCAUAAGGUACAUGCCCUAUCGUCGAUCCGAUGCCUCAGAGCAAUAGAGAGAGAGACUAUAUUGCUUUCAGACUGAUUGUUUACGUUGGUUCAUGAAGGGCUUUGUGGCACUCUUUGGGAUGAGAAUUGAAAUCGAAAUGUACUUGUUUUUUGUUUGCUUAAUUGAAAGCCAUAUCAAGUACUGAUGUUACUUAGACUUUGUUGUGGUUCUUUCCGGACACACGAAAGAACCACAUUGUUAGAGUAAUCAAACGUUCGACCAAAAAGUCUACUAUUACCAACGUUGAGUUCGCCUAGUGGUAAAGGGGUUGCGGCUGUAACUAUCGCAUUUGGGUCCAAUUCACGUUGGAAUAAACUAUUUACAAUGAUUGCGUUCCCGACAAAUAAGUGAAACCACCUUUUUUAGACCAAAAAAAAAGUCUACUAUUAUUCAAUAGAACUAUUAUACAACAAAUUUUGCAAACAUAUUUUGGAAUUUUUUUUUUUAGUAUAUGUAUCAUUUUAGGAUGAACGUAUAUACAUCUUAAAAUUAUCUUAAAUAUUUAUGGUAAUUUUAAUAUCAUUUUGAUAUAAAAUUUUCUUUAUCAUCUCUUUCAACCACAAUCAUACUAAUAUUAUGAAUAUCUAGAUUCUGGAUGUAAGAAGGAAAAAAUCCUUAUAAAUGAAUGAAUUAUAUUUAAUCACCUACUAUCUCAUCACAGCUAGCAAAAUCAAAACUAAUUUGUUACGAAAUCUGAAAAUGUUAAUUGUAACAUCCCUAUAUAAACAAAACCUAGUAACGUGGUUACACAAACCAACAUUCAUAAUUAACAAACAAUUUCCAUCAGCUUUUAUAUCCUCAAGAAAACAUGGACAGCAAAAGAAUGGCUAUGUUGGUGGUGAUGAUGUUGGUGAUGGGGAACAUUUUGUUUGAGGCAGAGGGUAUGGCUUUUACAGAUUGUUAUAAAGGUUGUUUUGUGGUGUGUGCUGCAUCUGCUAACGGAUUUAAGAAACUGUUCUGUCCUUUCUCGUGUAUCAAGGACUGUACACAAUCUACUACACCUUCUGAGGCAAAUCUAAACGAAAUUGACCAGACUGAUUAUUUUUGUAAACUCGGAUGUGCCACUGAUCGUUGUGCUUCAUCCUCCUCGAUCCAUGAUAAGGGUAAGUUUUCAUGUAUAAUACAGUUUAAUCAUGUGGAUCUAAGGAUAUUAAGUAGUGAUGUCCUAAAAUAUUUGGAGACUAAUUAACUUUCUCAUGGGUUUUAUUGUUUUUUUAUAUGGACAGAUCACGCAGAGAAAGUUUCAAUAUGCGUGGAUUCAUGCUCAGAUAUAUGCUCCCGCAAGAACUAAAACACAAAUUAGUUUUUUUUGGGGCAAAAUUAGUUUGUUAUUGUAUACUUCCAUGAAAAAUCAAUGUCUAAAUAAAAAAGAUUCGAGUCUGUUGUAUCGAUUAAAUUCUUAAAUCCAAAUGAUAACUGAUUUCUUGAUUUGAUAUAUCUUGUGUUACAAGCAAGUAAA